GUAGGCAUCCAAUGCGCAGUGAUGCUGCGUGUCGGUCGUAAAUCAAUAUCUAGACUAGACUUGUUUGAGACCUGAAUGCUGUGGGGUAGUUUGUGUUCAGUGCCCACCCGGUCGCCUCCGGGUGCGGGCGAAGUUUCGGUCGUGCCUCUAGACAUGCUCACCAACAAAUGUUUACCCGACUACAAUAGUCCUAAGAAGGGUACAUUUUUGGAAAAUAUUUCUUUUAUAUUUUGAGCUAAAUGUGAACAAAGACUUUGGUGUUGGUUGAUCCUGUCUGCUAGCUGCGUGUUGAAGAUGUCAAUUGCGCAAACUUUAAAAGACAGAGAAGCCGACAGUGCCCUCAGUCUCGCUGGAAGUCCGCCUUCUCCGCGUGUUGUCGGACAUGCAGUUACAGCUGCCGGCGCGCGGCGCGGCGCUGCUGCCCGGGCUCGGCGACGUGGACGCGGACAUCGUCACCAGCGCGCUGCACAAGUUCGCCACGCAGAAGCUUAUCACGAUCCGCGAGCGUCCCGAGGGCUCGUCGGAGCUGGGCGUGGAGGUGCUGAGCGCGGAGUCGGGGCGACUGGCGGCCGUGCUGGCGGCGCUGCUGGAGGAGCAGGCGCAGGCUGCUGGCGGUGGGAAGAGGAAGGGUGACGAUGUAGUAGAAGAAGCCCCAGGGGCAAAAGUCUCUAAAGCUACCACAGAGGACAAGAAAGCAGCAAAAGGUGAUACAGACAUUAUGUCCUUACUGGCGAUGCCCUCGAGCCGUGAGAAGGCUGUGAAGCGAGUGGGUGAAGAAAUCAUGGACCUGCUCAGCAAGCCCACGGCCAAGGAGAAGUCACUGGCUGACAAGUUCAAGAGUCAGGGAGGAGCGCAAGUCAUGGAGUUCUGCCCGCACGGCACCCGCUCAGAAUGCGUGCGUGCGUUCAACACCAACAAACAGACCCCAGAAGAAGGGAAAGAGAAUGAGGGAACCUACAGCUGCAAGAAGCUGCACUUCAAGAAGAUCAUCCAGAGCCACACGGACGAGACGCUUGGGGACUGCUCGUUUCUGAACACGUGCUUCCAUAUGGACACUUGCAAAUACGUGCACUAUGAAGUGGACAACACGGACCCAAACGCCAAUGCAAGUAAAACCUGCGAAGUGCCGCAGAAGAGCUCACAAAAUGGUUCAACUGUGGUAGCGAAGGAUCCAAGCGGUGUACUGACUCUGACGCCGCCGCAGUGGCUGCAGUGCGACCUCAGAUAUCUAGACAUGACAUUCUUGGGCAAAUUCUCCGUGAUAAUGGCGGACCCGCCGUGGGACAUCCACAUGGAGCUCCCGUACGGCACCAUGUCGGACGACGAGAUGCGCUGCCUCGGCGUGCCGCAGCUGCAGGACGCCGGCCUCAUCUUCCUGUGGGUCACCGGCAGGGCGAUGGAGCUCGGGCGCGAGUGCCUCAAGCUGUGGGGCUACCAGCGCGUGGACGAGCUGAUCUGGGUGAAGACGAACCAGCUGCAGCGCAUCAUCCGCACCGGCCGCACCGGCCACUGGCUCAACCACGGCAAAGAGCACUGUCUGGUGGGCAUGAAGGGCAACCCCGAGAACCUGAACCGCGGGCUGGACUGUGACGUCAUCGUGGCCGAGGUGCGCGCCACCAGCCACAAGCCCGACGAGAUCUACGGCAUAAUCGAGAGGCUGAGUCCAGGCACAAGGAAGAUAGAACUGUUCGGAAGACCACACAACGUUCAACCUAAUUGGAUAACUCUAGGCAACCAAGUGGACGGCGUCAGGUUGGUGGACCCAGACCUGAUAGCGGCCUUCAAGAAACGCUACCCCGAUGGCAACUGCAUGGCGCCUCCCCCCUCAGACGCCGGCCUGGCCUGAAUGACGAGACGAGUGUAAUAAGUGUAACUAUAUAAUGGCUGACUGACAAGAAGAGACGUGUGUAAUAAGUGUAAUUAUGGAUUUACUAAACGACCAGGGUUGUCGCGUACGGACCCAUUAUCGACGUCAAUAAAUAGAUUUCAUCAAUCACAGUCAUGGUGAAUCGCGAUAUAGUGACGUUUAUCUACGUCGAUAGCGGGACCGUGAAGCGGAAAUAGCUGAGCCGUGCGUAAUAAGUGUAAUUAUGGAUUUGUUACAAGG